CACCAGGCAACAUCACAGUAGCAAGGUGAAACGGUCGUCGUGUGAGUGAGUGGGCUGUUUGAGCUUCUUACAGGAAAGGAAACGAAAGAAAAGAAAAAGCAUGUCGUACACUAAAUUCGUUUCUGCUCUAGCCAGAGCUAACUCGGGGAAUCUGAAGACCCUCCGCAUCUCCCCGGGAAGAUGUCGCUCAACGGUCGCAUCCACCAAGAACCAGGAGGAGAAGGAGCAGCAGAUGGAUGGGUGCACUGUGGUGGAGGCUGUGCCGGUGGAACUCAUCAGCCAGUCCAAAAACUUCACAAAAACACGGUUAAAUAAAAUCCACAUUGACUUCGACAACACCCAAGAAGCUUACAAAAGCAAGGACAACAUCGAGCUGCUCAGGAGUCUGCUGGUGUUCAAACUUUGUACGUUUGACUUCCUGGUUGAAAAAAACAAAGAGUUAAUGGACCUGAGUAAGAAGCUGCUGGGUCAGUGGAUGUUUGAGAAGAUGAUGAAGAUGACCUUCUACGGUCAGUUUGUAGCAGGAGAAGACCACAACUCCAUAAAACCCUUAAUCAAGAAGAACCUGGCCUUUGGAGUGGGGGCAGUCUUGGACUAUAGUGUUGAAGAGGAUCUGACACAAGAGGAGGCAGAGAAGAAAGAAAUGGACUCAUGUGUUUCUGAGGCAGAGAAAGAAAGUCCAGGUGCUGAUCACCGUGAGAAAAAGUACAAGGCCCAUCGUCAGUUUGGGGACAGAAGAGGAGGAGUUAUCAGUGCACGUACCUAUUUCUAUGCAGAUGAGGCCAAAUGUGACAACCAAAUGGAGACAUUCAUAAACUGCAUCAAAGCUUCUGGGGGAGCCUCUACAGAAGGGUUUUCUGCCAUCAAAAUGACAGCUCUUGGACGCCCUCAGUUCCUUCUCCAGUUUUCAGAAGUCCUGGUGAAAUGGAGACGGUUCUUUAACCUCCUCGCAGCACAACAGGGGAUUUCUGAUAUGAUGGUUUUGGAACAGAAACUUGAACUGGAACAACUGAAGGAAAGCCUGUCUGAGAUGGGUGUUGGGGCCAAAGAUGACAUUGGGAACUGGUUUACUGGAGAGAAGCUGGGUCUGUCUGGAACAAUUGAUCUGCUGGACUGGAACAGUCUGAUUAAUGAUACAACAAAAAUGUCCAAUCUGCUAAUGGUACCAAACCUGGAGACAGGCCAGCUGGAACCUCUGCUGAACAAGUUUACAGCUGAAGAGGAGCGGCAGAUGAAGAGGAUGCUUCAGAGAGUGGAUAUUUUGGCCAAGCAUGCCAUGGAGAAUGGGGUGAGGCUGAUGGUGGAUGCAGAGCAGACCUACUUUCAGCCAGCGAUCAGUCGACUGACCCUGGAGAUGCAGAGGAAGUUUAACAGAGAGAAGCCGAUCAUUUUCAACACUUACCAAUGCUACCUCAAGGAAGCCUACGAUAAUGUAACCGUGGAUGUUGAGCUGUCACGGCGGGAGGGCUGGUACUUUGGUGCCAAACUGGUCCGUGGAGCCUACAUGUACCAGGAGAGAGACAGGGCCAAGGAGAUCGGCUAUGAAGACCCAAUCAACCCAGAUUACGAGGCUACAAACAGAAUGUAUCACAAGUGCCUGGAGUAUGUUCUGGAGGAGAUCGAGCACAGCAGGAAGGCAAAUAUCAUGGUUGCAACUCACAAUGAGGACACAGUGAAAUAUACACUAGAGAAGAUGAAUGAGAUGGGCCUCUCCCCUACUGAGAAUAAGGUUUACUUUGGACAGCUGCUCGGCAUGUGUGACCAGAUCAGCUUCCCGCUAGGUCAAGCCGGCUUCCCCGUCUACAAGUAUGUCCCAUACGGCCCGGUCAAUGAGGUCAUUCCAUAUCUGUCUCGCCGAGCUCAGGAGAAUCGUGGCUUCAUGAAGGGAUCUCAGAGAGAGCGCAGCCUGCUGUGGAAGGAACUGAAGCGCAGGGUGCAGGCUGGUCAGAUUUUCUACGAGCCCGCCUACUGAGAGCUCUGCAUGCAAACCGCCGUGUAAGCAUUCCACCAUGAUAACUGUACCACUACCUGCUGACUCCACCCUGUGGAGGAAGAUUUAUGUCCUUCCUUGGUGUGUUAGUAUUUGAAAUACACUGACAGGUGUUUAGGAACGGCAUGGGCUGUGAUAGAUUUAUUUUGAUUUCUCAGUAUAUUUAACAAAGAAGUCUUUAAAACGCCACCAUGAUGAUGCAUUGUGGGGAAACAUGCUGCUUCAUCAAGAAGUGAUGAUUGAUCUUUGUCUCUAAAUCAGAUCUAGUUUAGCUAACCCAGAGGUUAUCAUAGCAGCAUAGAGACUGUCUUUUAUAUGUAUGGUUACCAAAGGUGCCUGAUUUGUAAAUAAAAGCUGUCCUGUGCUUCUUUUUUAAGGGGGAAGUUGGUCAUGGGUAGCUGUCACUUAAAAAGUGCCUUGUGAUUGUUUUGGUGAAUUAACUUGAAGUAUUUAGCUACUGUACACUCCUCUAAGGGGAUUGUAAAUUAUUCUUGCAUGUUUAUUGUCUAUGUGUCUUUCUGUUGAGCUACUGGAAUAAGUAGCUUGCUAGUUACAAUGUGGUAAACAUUGUGAAGCUCUACUGUAUUUGCAUUUUCUUGGAUUUAAGUCACAAUCCAUCAAAAGCACAAACAUUCAUCACCGCAAACCAGAUGAUCUUUGAUCUCCCAUAAUGCUUGAAUGCGUACAUCCCGAGGCAGGGGAAAGAUAACCAAAGGUCCUGUUUCUGUCCGUAACAUGGUCCUGACGUCAUUUUUUGGUUCUUUAGACAGAGAACAGAACAGUAACAGAUGUUCAAAGUUAAAACAACAAAUACCCAAGGUUACCACUGUGAUUUUCAAGGAAGACUGCACUCGAGUGCUCAAAGAACACCUGCUCUGUUACAUAAUCAGCCGGACAACAGAAUGUGCCUGUGAGUUCAGAGGAGAUUUAAAAAGAGCCUGACUGUGUCCACAUCUCUGGUUAGGAUGCUGCUCAUAGAUGAUGGAAUAUUUGUAAGUUUGAGGGGUUUUUGGAAUGUGAAAUGAACAGAAAACUUCGACUCAAGCUUGACAUUUUUGCAGGGUUUAUUGAGAAGUUCAGGGUAUAUUUGGAGACACAACAAACGAUAUAAUCGUCUGAUUUUGGUUCCUGUUUUUAAAACUUUCAUGCUUUUAUUUCAGACUUUAACAGUCUAUUAUAAAAAUAAAGCCGUUUAUGAAUAUUCAUUAGUCUCAAUGCCAUUAUUUUACACAACACACAUUCUGCCUUACUGAUUUUAAGGUUGCCUUUUUUCAUUUCUUGUAACUGUAAUGAUGUAGUGCACUGUUAAGUUGUAAACUUAGAAACACUGGCACAUUUAGAGUAUUUGAUUACCUAUCUAGUUUUAUUUUUCUCUGAGUGCACUUCCUUUUAUGUUUCCCAUUCUUCUGUGUUUGGUGUAUCACUACAUAACGUGUUUUGUACAGCUGUAAGAUAAAUAUCAUUAUUGAUUGAAACAAUAAAAUGCAGUAAACAUUAAAAUAAA